AUGUGGAAACGCUUCCCGGAGGUGAUAAGCUUCGACAACACUUACAACACAAAUCGCUUCAAGCUCCCGCUCUUCCAGGCAACGGGCCAAACUUGCCUCAAGUCCGUCUACAACGCUGCCUUCGGCUUGAUCGACAACGAAAGGCGCGAAGGCUUCCAAUUCCUCGCUGAAGGGAUUAGGCAGUUGGUUGAGAGGCAUGGAAUUCAACUACCCAACGUUGUGAUCACGGACUUCGACCAACAGAUGAAGGCGGCACUGGAAGAUCAGUUUCCAGACGCUCAACAACAGCUUUGUAUCUUCCAUAUCAACUCGAACGUACUACUUAACGCCAAGCGCAAGUGGAAGCACGCCAAAGAAGACAGCGACGGUAGCUCUAAUAAUGAGCAAUCGCAGGCAACGUUAACUUCGCGCGACAAGGAGGCGGUCCUCGCGGCAGGGAGACAAGACGAGCCGCUGUCUCGGAGCAACGUCUCCGCGACCGUACCCCACAACUACCGUGGUGUCCUUGAAAUGUGGAAGCUCGUGGCUUUUGCAGAGACAAAGGCAGACUACGAGAAGGCUUGGGUGCGCUUAUGCGACGAGUUCGAUGACCAGGAGGCCAUUCUGAUCUACCUUUACAAUACCUACUUGCCCCUGAGCGCGCAAUGGUCGCAGUGCUUCAUCAAAAAGCAUCGCAACUUCGGUAUUCGCGUGACGUCUGGCACAGAGGCAAGCAAUAAUAACGUCAAGAGCUAUCUGCUCAAUGGAAUGAGCCAUCUAUUUGGGCUCAUCGAGGCGAUAGAGGGCAUGUUGGGUGAUCAGGAACAAGACUUUAUCGACAACUGUGCACAAGACGAGGUUUUAACCACGCGUACCUACUCUAGUCCUGGUUCUGAGUACCUGGGCGAGCUCCGCAUGACUGCAUCUCAACAGGGGCUUAAUCUCAUUGCCAGGGAACACCGCUACGCCUUGAAAGCGAUACCAAGCAGGUCUCGCCCCUGGCCAGAACCGAUCGGAGACUGCGGCGAGAACUGUUCCGUGUCCUGGCAACUGGGGAUCCCUUGCCGCCAUACGAUCUACUGCAAAUUGGAAGCAGGCGAGUUCCUAAGGAGGUGGGAUGUCCACCCACGGUGGCAUCUACGGGAGCCUUCUUCACGGGACCCUUACCGCCGAAUCCUGGAUCCCAAGAUCGCAACGAGCCUUCGCGGACGACCGAAGAAUACGGUUCAGCCUGUCCCCACGAAAGACGGCCAUCCUCAGGACGGGCAAGACGACAGGCGUUCGGGCUACUGGGCGCAGAAGUCGGCCGAGCGUACGGAGGCAACGGUCGGAGUGGGAGCUCAUAAGUGA